AAGAACGUUAUGGCGUACGUGUAACUGGACCUCGAUCAAACACCUGCAGUGCUAGAUUUUGAGGGCUGAGAAUAUAUUGGAUAUCCAGGCACCAUGUUUAGGACCUGCAACGUAUGUUGCAUUUAUUUUGUGCCCUGACUAGACUUACCGGUAUAGCCAGUCAAGGGCAACGAAUGAGUUCAGUGAAAGAAAAGAAAUCAUACCAAUUUACAACAUAUUGAAAAUAUUGCAAAUUGAUGACUACAUCAUUAAAUGAUUCUUUUUUUAAACUCAACUUCUGUUAAAUCGAUCAAGCAGCUGUUCAGUCAUUUAAAUACUGACUAGCCAGUGUUUGGUACCCAGACGUGCGCGUAUAAAAAGUGAACGUGAACUGGCGAGACUUGCUCGCUCUAAAAUUGCUUGGAAGAAGUCGAGGGCGUCCAUGUUUUUGCAGAAAUGUUUGCAUGCAGGCGAAUGUUCCGCUCUGUGUUGCUGGGCCAAAACCGAAGCUUUGCACGGUCCUCCUUGCAUGAAAUAAUGAAAUCGUCAAGGGCAGGAUCCAAGGUCAACUUUGAAUCAAGUUGCAUACGGAAGAUCAAGGCUGAUGAGGUUCACGAGGUGUGGAUGCUGGAGGCUCAGACUUUCCCUGAGAUCCCGGCAGAGCAUCUGCCGAUAGAGAGAUUCACUCGUGCCCAGAGAGACGCCCCGGAGCUUUUCUGGGGACACUUUGCAGACGAGAAGAUGACUGGAUUCAUAUUUGGGACUCGUGGUGGUGGCAGUAAAUGGACCUACGAUUCCAUGUUCAAACACGACUCAGAGGGCGCUGUUGCUUUUGUGAAUCUGCUGUGUAUCUACCCCGAGUUCAGAAAAAUGGGUAUUGGUUCGCUUUUGAUGAAGCAUUUGGUAAGGCAUAUCGAAGAGAACCACAAAGAUGUGACUAAAAUGUGCUUCAUAUGCGAGGCCGAGCUGAUACCGGCUUACAAGCACAUGGGAUUUACAUACGUCGGGCCCUCAGACGUCACCCAACUAGGUCCCACGCAGUGGUAUGAUAUGGAGUACCAAGUACCAGCCUCGCCCAAGGAGUCAGAGUGAAUGUAGACUUACCGAUUGUGCGACCUGCACGAGUCUUCUGAAUUUUUGAAAACAAUGUUUGUGAACAUAAAUAAAACUGCCGCAAAACCUGAGUGGAUUGACGUGAAAUAUAACAUCAAUAAGAAAGUUAAGGGGUCUAACUUUUUCGAGUCCUAGCACUGACCUUUGCCAAAGGCAAAAUAAAAAACGAUAAAAAUGAAUAAAAAUGCAUGCUGCAUACUGCUUACCGACUGGAUUGACCUAGAAUUAUACAAAUCAAAAUUUAGA